AUGUCUCUCGAAACUACAGAGCUUGCUUGUACCUCUGCGCCUGAUGAUAUUUUACAUCUCAUAUUCCAGGAACCCCAUCCUACAACUGUAAUCCGUGAAGCGCGAUCUCCGGAUGGUGGCAACGUUUGGGUAUUUCAAGAUUCCAUUAUCGCCCAAGAUGCACAGAUUAGUGGUUCUCCGAUGAUAUGCUACUAUGUAGACAAAGACCCAGGUUUCCAGAAGGGACCCACAAUUCAUGUUCUUUACAUGACUGAGGAUAGACAAUUGAUGGAGAAAGUCAAGCAUUUAGAGGGACACACACCAAUUUGGACGGAUGUCAAGGUUCCUGAUGAUAUCAAGAAACGUCCGGAUUUAAUCUCGAGAUUAACAGGUGGAGCGUUCAAUGGAAAUAGCGAUUGGAAUGUGAAUGGAUCGCAAUGGCUUUACUUUACACAAGAACAAGAUGACCAACUUGGCAUUGCUGAAAUUCGACGUUCAGGAGGAAAAGAUUGGUAUUUCCAGAGAGUUCUCCAUGAGAAACAGGGUGAGAUACUUCAAGGCACCUCUUUAGCCUGCGAGAUCACGGAGAAAAACAUCAGAGUAUUUUUCCAGCAACAUGACGGCAGCAUCUGUCUGUAUGAGUAUAAGGAAGGUGAUUGGCACGAUCAAGGCAUCUACAUCAAGAAAGAGGAAGUCCAACCUCCAUAUCAAAACCCCACACCACUUGCCUGCACCAUGACCAAGAACGGAUGUAUCCAUCUAUUCUUUGCCGGCUUUGACGAAAACAACAAGCACAAGAUUAGACACUAUAAAGAUGGUAAGAAACAGGACGAUGUGACGGAUUUCUUCUCAGGGUCGAAAUUGGGCUGUACUUCGGAUAAUAAUGAGGUUACUUUGUUCUAUAGGAGGAAGCAACCUGAGAAUGAUGUGGGUACGAUGGUGUAUUCGGAUGGGAAAUGGAAGGAUGGUGCUACUGUUAUCCCUGCAUGA